AUGGCUCCAUCAGCUUCAGAUCGUCCCUUUGACUUUAUUGUCUAUGGUGCAACAGGAUACACUGGCAAGAAAGUGGCCCAGUAUGUUGUCCAACAACAUGCCUCCUUGUCAAUAGCCAUUGCGGGUCGAUCGAAAGACAAGUUAUUGGCCGUGGCACAAGAAUUGGGAUUGCCCGAAUCCAGUGUCUUGGUGGCAUCGUUGCCAUCCUCUGAUACUAUUACUACUACUGCUGAUGAUAAUGAGAAAACCAAAGAUCAACUGGUCCAGGUCCUGUCUCAAGCCAAGAUUGUUCUGGCAUGUGCGGGACCCUACCGUCAAUGUGGGAUGCCGUUAGUCCAGGCGGCAGUAGAAGCCAAGACAGAUUACUUGGAUCUUUGUGGAGAACCUCAAUUCUUUGACGAUACUCUUUUGGAAUGCGAUGAGGCUGCCAAGACCCAAAAAGUCUUGGUGGUCUCGGCCUGUGCCUUUGAUUGCGUUCCAGCUGAAUUGUCGACCUGCUUGGUGUCCAAGGAACUACUAAAAAAGUAUCCCGGCACUCAAGUGGCAGGAGUAGAAGUCUGCCAUACCUUUGAAGGCUUGUCAAAGGCCAAUGCUACCACCUUUCAUGCGGCCGUGGAUGGAUUUCAUGCAGCUUCCAAGGGUGAUCUCAAGUCGUCACGAAAAAAGGUGACGGAGAAGUUUGGAAUUACCAAGCCACCCAAGCGGCCUGACGAUUGGCCCAAGGUCCCAGAACAGCCAGGAAAUCUACCAACCUAUCACAAGGCUACGGAUACCUACAUUCUCAAGUUCCCUGGAGCAGAUGCCGCUGCCAUCAUGGCGUCUUGGAGAUAUCUUCGACUCCAACAGCCAGAUACCUACAAAGAUCGACCAAAUCCGCGAUUGUCCGUAUGCUUUGGUGUUCAAAGUCAAAUGACUGGUUACAAGGUAAUUGGAAUGGGAGCCAUCUUUUCGGGAUUAGCCUCCACUUCGUUUGGAUGCAACAUGCUUCAUUCCAAUCCUGGUCUCUUUAGCAAUGGUCUAUUUGUGGAAGGAGAAGGUCCUUCCGAUGCGGACUUGGAAGGGGUCUCGUUUUGUACCCAUACGACUGGAUACGGUAGUGGCUCAAAAGAAGAAAUGGUCAAGGUGACCUGCAAGGGCCCUGAACCAGGAUAUGUAGCAACCCCCCGCAUGUUGGUCGCUCUGGGACUCACGGUAUUGAACCAUCGUGACAAAUUGGCAUUUUCGGGAGGUGUCGUACUUCCAGGUGCUCUGUUUGGGGAGACAACGGAAGUGUAUGAGAGUCUAAAAGAAAAUGGAAUCACCAUUGAAGUUGUGGGUGAUGAAACAAAAUAG